AGCAGCGCGCGUACAUAGUCGCGGCGUCGCGACGUUUCGUGGUGAUCGCGUUAGUAUGAGAGCGUCGAGCGAGCACGACAGAUUAUCGUCUCGGGAUCGUGGUCCCGGCAUCCUCGAUGAGUCGCGAGAAUCAUUGUACAGCUGGACCACGCGUUGAACAUCCCGCGAGGGAAAUCGAGUAUAAUAGAGACACGUGUGCUUCUCACGACGUAUCGCGAUUUUCCACGCGUGUCGAAAAAAGAAGAUAAGAGAUAGAUAAAUGGAUUGAUAACGAAAUUCGUGAGGAGAAGUGCUCGGAUAGCCUAGAUUAUAGACGAUGCUCAAACGUACUCGCGUGUAACAAAUGCUCCACCGUGACCCAUAUAGUACACUUUAUCUCAGAGAUCUUCCUGAGAAGGGAUGUUAAGACGUUCGUAGGGGAUGUCCUUCAGAACGUCCCUUAGAGAUCUGUGCUAUAUGGGGAAGAAUGAUGAGCGUGUUACGAAUGAAACUGCAAUGAAUUAUAAGAGAGGAACAACCGCGUAGAGAGUCUGAGUGCGCGUUUGUGAGUGAUUAUCUCGGCAGAAGUCAAGCAAGAGUUGCAAAGCUUGUACACACGUCGAGUGUAAUCGAUGCCUUUAAACAGUUUGCCCUGCAAGGAUACCGCGGCAUGAAAUUCGAGUUAAUCUGCUUAUCUGAGGCUAUAACUCGCUUAUCAGAACCCCCCGACGCCUGAACAUCCAUCGCGCGGGAUAACAGCAGUGCUGUUAACGUUAAUAGCCGAGGAGCUCCAUGAGAAAUUAAUUCACUUCUCGAAAUCGACGAAGUACACUUCGUUCUCUUCCGGAUAAUUCCCACCUCGCCGAAUCGCAUUACCGGAUCGAUCUCUUCCACCUCGCAUUCGUUCUGGGAGAUGGGCCAUUAGCGAAUUCAUCCGCGUCAGCGUAUCACUGACGCAUGAUCGAUUCGUCGAGAUAACAAAGAAAAAAGGAAGGAAAAGGAGGAAGAGGAAGAGUGUAACGCGACUGACCUAGUACUCUUCGAGAUGUAUCAUGAAUAACGGUACAGCGCAAAUAACGUCAGCAUCGUCGGUAAUAAUGGUCACCAUGCAGAACUUGUCAGCGCACAACUAUACCUACGUGUCGGAGGACAUAACGUCGAACUUGACGGUGCAAAUAAUAUUCUGCUUGUUCUACAUCAUUAUCUUCGUCCUGGGCAUAUUCGGUAACGUACUGGUAGUCUUCGUCGUCGGUCGAAACCGCCAGAUGCACACCGUCACCAAUCUCUUCAUCACGAAUCUCGCGCUCAGCGAUGUGCUGCUAUGCGUACUGGCCGUACCCUUCACUCCUCUGUACACCUUUUUGAGCGGUUGGAUCUUCGGUAAGACCCUCUGCCACCUGGUGCCCUACUCCCAGGGCGUCAGCGUGUACAUCAGCACGCUCACGCUGACAAGCAUAGCCGUCGAUCGAUUCUUAGUGAUUAUCUAUCCGUUCCAUCCGCGCAUGAAGAUUAAGAUGUGCUUAGCGAUCAUCGUGAGUAUCUGGGUGAUCGCGUUGUUACUUACCUUGCCAUAUGGGCUUUACAUGCAGCUAGAGGAGACGUAUAUCUCUUUCUGCGAGGAGAAUUGGCCCAGUGAGCCAUUUCGCAAAGUCUUCAGUUCGCUCACAUCGAUACUGCAAUUUGUCGUGCCGUUCUUUGUAAUCUCCUUUUGCUACAUAUGCGUGUCGAUUAAGCUGAACGAUCGGGCGCGUGCUAAACCCGGUACCAAGACCAGCAAGCGUGAAGAAGCGGAUCGCGAGAGGAAACGCCGAACUAAUCGGAUGCUGAUCGCCAUGGUUGCCAUAUUCGGUGUAUCCUGGUUGCCGCUCAAUAUUGUCAACGUCGUCGAUGAUUUCUACUCGUACGCCAACGACUGGUCCUACUACAGACUCUGCUUUUUUAUGUCGCACUGCAUCGCCAUGAGCAGCACCUGCUACAAUCCGUUCCUCUACGCCUGGCUCAACGACAACUUCCGCAAGGAAUUUAAGCAGGUUUUGCCGUGUUAUUCAAGAAACUCCAACAGUAACACUCCGAGAAUCAAGAAGAACUGCAGGGGCGAGAAGAUAUGUAACGGUAAUAACACCCUGCAAGAGACCUUAUUGCCCAGUAAUAUGAAAAUGCAGACUCCCGAGGGAUGCGAGAUGAUCAUUCUGGAGCAGACGACAAACAUCUCAAAGGAGUUGGAUCAGCCUACGAGUUCCUCAAAGGAUUUCGACGACGCGACUCUGUGAGAAAAAGUUCUAGAUACUUCCAGUUUCCUUCGUACAUGUAUUUUAUGAGAUUCUGUCGGAACGACAAAUGCCAACUGGCUAACAUAGUGCACAUACAUACGCGCGGAUACAUAGCCGGACAUACUAAAGAAGGGAAUACCGAGAGCUUUACGAGAUUCACGAGAGGGAGGAAAGUCAUUCGAAUACUUGUGCGUGAUUUCCACCUCCGGUCGAGCUAGGGACAGAAAGGUAAAACGAAACAUUGGAAAUUCGCAAAAUGCUAGUGCAGCUUUCUCACGACGGAGAAAUUUUUUGAUAGUAACACACAUCGCAAUUGUUGAGAAUUCCACCCACGUUUAGUCGUUUGUGCACUUUACGCUGAUGCGACGGUAAACCACGUUUGUUCCAAACAGAUAGAUCGACUUACGUAACGACCGCUACACGAAAAGUUAUCGUUUCAUUCUCCGACUCGUCGAUGCGCGAAU